UCCAGCCUCCUAGCCGGGCUCCAGCACAUUUCAGUGUAUAGGAAUGCAGCAGCUUGGAGUGGACUCUGCACUUCUAUUUGCUUUAAAUAUCAAUCUUCCUGCACUGGAUGUGAAAUUUCCCAUCAUGUAUAUAAUACAUGACCAUCGUUCUCAUUGUCUUGUCUAGCCGGACAACUAGGGGGAAGCUUGGCUUUUUUUUUUCAUCUGGGAUUAUAGGAACCUCAUUGUGGAGCUGUUCUUGGUGCUGAAUUAAGUGUCCUGCUGUUUUCUCCUGCCAACUACAGCCAUCUAUCACUUUGAUGAUUUUAAUUUCACGGCCCAUCAAAAGAAAAAAUGGCCCGGAUCAGGUGCAUACUAACCGCUGUCUCUGGGUUUUACUUCUGGGAAGCUGCGCUCUUGUUAAGUUUGGUUGCUACCAAAGAAACCGACAGUGCCCGAUCCCGUAGUUCACCGAUGUCACCAUCUGAUUUCCUAGACAAACUCAUGGGCAGAACUUCUGGGUAUGACGCAAGAAUAAGACCUAACUUCAAAGGACCUCCAGUAAAUGUCACCUGCAACAUAUUUGUUAACAGCUUUGGAUCCAUUGCAGAAACCACUAUGGAUUACCGCUUAAAUAUUUUUCUGCGGCAGAAGUGGAAUGACCCCCGUCUUGCAUACAGCGAAUAUCCAGAUGACUCCUUAGAUUUAGAUCCUUCUAUGUUGGAUUCUAUAUGGAAACCAGAUUUGUUCUUUGCCAAUGAAAAGGGUGCAAACUUUCACGAAGUCACGACAGACAACAAACUUCUGAGAAUCUUCAAAGAUGGAAAUGUUCUGUAUUCUAUUCGACUGACGCUUACGCUGUCCUGUCCUAUGGACCUGAAAAAUUUUCCUAUGGAUGUGCAAACAUGUAUAAUGCAACUGGAAAGUUUUGGAUACACAAUGAAUGAUCUCAUUUUCGAAUGGCAAGAAAAUGCACCUGUACAGAUAGCAGAUGGCCUGACUCUGCCACAGUUUGUCCUAAAAGAAGAAAAAGAUUUACGUUAUUGUACUAAGCACUAUAAUACAGGAAAGUUUACAUGCAUUGAAGUUCGAUUCCAUCUGGAAAGGCAGAUGGGAUACUACCUGAUUCAGAUGUACAUCCCCAGUCUUUUGAUUGUCAUAUUAUCAUGGGUCUCCUUUUGGAUCAACAUGGAUGCAGCUCCAGCCAGAGUUGCCUUAGGUAUCACUACUGUACUUACAAUGACAACACAGAGUUCUGGUUCCAGAGCUUCACUGCCUAAGGUGUCCUAUGUUAAAGCUAUUGACAUUUGGAUGGCCGUAUGUCUUUUAUUUGUGUUUUCCGCCUUAUUGGAGUAUGCAGCAGUCAAUUUUGUAUCCAGACAGCACAAAGAACUUUUAAGAUUUCGCCGCAAGAGAAAGAAGGAAAAGGAUGAGGAUGUAAGAGAAAGUCGUUUCAGCUUUACAGCAUAUGGUAUGGGACCUUGUCUACAAGCAAAAGAUGGAGUGACUCCAAAGGGACCAAACCCAGCACCUGCAGCACCUAAAACCCAUGAAGAGAUGAGAAAAGUGUUCAUUGACAGAGCAAAAAAGAUAGACACAGUUUCUCGGGCUGGCUUCCCCUUGGCCUUUUUAAUAUUUAAUAUCUUCUACUGGGUGAUCUACAAGAUUCUAAGACAUGAGGACAUUCACCAGCAGCAAGAUUGAAAGACUAAAUGCUGGUGUGUGAACAGUAGGGUUGUACACAAACGUCUGCACAUCAAUGUCCUAAUUCCCUUUUUUCUUAAUACAUAACGAAGCUUUUAAAGUAAAACAAAAUAUCAACACAAUCUAAUGGUACAAACACAGCUACAAUAUACUGCCAACUGUUUUUACAUGUUAUUACUCAGAGGUGUCAAUACACAAAUCUUACUGUUUUUAAGGGAUUUUACUUUAUACUAUACACAACAGGACCAAAGUACAAAAUUGGUUGCAGGUGCAUUGUGACCAACAAUUGACAUAUUUAUUUCAAAUUUGUGAAAACUUCUACUUUUUGUGAAGUAAAUUCUAUUUUUUAAGUAUUACUAAUGUCACAUUUUGUACAAGAAAAACAAUGCUGAAAGGAGGGCAAAACUAUAAUCAAUUUGCUUAUUAUACAUUGAAAAUAAUAAGAAAAAAAACUAGUAACCAUUAAAGCCCACAGAGCAUUAUCUCAAUUUAAGCCAUGUCCAUUAAGAUAAAACCUGCUUAAUUCUAGAAAAACAUUGAAAUUCACUGCAACAUUGUAAAAAGCCUAGUUACUGCAAUUGCGGCUAAUAUCGGUAUAUGUGAGCAAUGGAGAAGUUCCAUUAUAAAAUAUCAGAUUAAUAUUGUCAGGUUAGAUACAAAAAUAUGUGAUGGAACUUCAAAAAAUCUUUUUCUAAAAACUAGGGGCAACUUAUAAAAACUUGUGUAAUAAUAAAGUGAAAACAUUGUCCAAAGGAAUCAAUCAGAUUGCUUUUUAAAGCCAUUUUUAAAAGAAUCUCUGAAAACUGAGAACUGAAAUUGCACUAGUUUUAAUAAAUAUCCCCUAUGUCCAUGUAUCCAUGGCAGAAUUUCUGAGUGAAAUCAUGCAGAAAAAUCCUGUUCGGACCUUCCAUUGCAGCAGAGUCGCAUUGUGUUCAAUGGGAUUCUGCCUCACCCUACAUAAGGCAGAAUUGUCAAAAAUCACAAUUCUAGUCUCUGCAGAAAGAAUCAAUGUGUAAAUUCUUUCUGCAGAAUCCGCAGAGAAAUGCAUUGCGAUCUAUGAAGUGGUCCUUACAUCAAUAUAUUCUGCCGAUGCCUGCUGUUUGCAGAAUGUCCACUAGAAAUUUUCCCGUUAGACAUUCUGCAGAAAUUAUGCUGUGUGAACAUGGCCUAAGUGUUGUAGAAUAUAGCAAAAAGAACUUAAAGCAGAACAAUCCCUAACUGUAAAAUCGUACAACUCUCGUGCCAUUUUCGAAUUAUAGCCAAGUAGUAAGGAGCAGAAACAAAUAGUCAUGGUACUUAGUUGACAUGUUAGAAAAAUGUUUUUUUUUAACAAAUUGGUACCUUGAAGGUGAAAAGACAGAGUUCACAUGACUACAGAAGGAGAAUAUAUUGUAACAUAUCUAUUCAAUACUUAUUGAAUUAUAUAUAUACUUAAUUCCCGUAAACUUAAUUUUAUUUAGGGUGCGUUCCCACAGGGCGUAUACGCAGCGUAUUUGACGCUGCGCAAAUU